AUGGCGGACCAAUUCAAACCUCGUACCAUGAAACGCAAGAACGUCAAGGGACUUGCCCUCAAUGCCACGCCCAAGCCAGCGUCCAAUCCCUCGGAAGGCGAUGCCCAAGUUCCUGGUGCGCUCGGAAACACAGAUAGUAACCGGUCGGAUACGUUGGAGAUUGGUCUUGAAUUCAAGCUCGAUUUGCGCAGUGAGGAUUUGGUAACGUUGAAGGAGGUUGGUGCUGGAAAUGGCGGUACGGUUGCCAAGGUCAUGCAUGCCACAACGAAGGUUGUUAUGGCACGAAAGAUUAUUCGUGUUGAUGCGAAGGAGAACGUCCGCAAGCAAAUCCUCCGUGAGCUUCAAGUCGGCCACGACUGCAACUCGCCUUAUAUCGUGACUUUUUACGGCGCUUUUCAAAAUGAGUCGCGCGAUAUUGUGUUGUGUAUGGAAUAUAUGGAUUGCGGCUCUCUCGACCGCAUCUCCAAAGAGUUCGGGCCCGUCCGUAUCGACGUGCUAGGGAAAAUAACCGAAUCGAUUCUGGCAGGCUUGGUAUAUCUAUAUGAGACUCAUCGAAUCAUGCACCGCGACAUCAAACCGUCGAAUGUCUUGGUUAAUUCUCGCGGAAAUAUUAAGCUGUGCGACUUUGGCGUGGCUACUGAGACGGUCAAUUCUGUCGCCGAUACAUUUGUCGGCACUUCAACCUACAUGGCUCCGGAACGUAUCCAGGGAGGCGCAUAUACCGUCCGGUCUGAUGUUUGGAGUGUUGGUUUGACGGUGAUGGAACUCGCCGUUGGUCGAUUUCCAUUCGAUGCAACCGACUCGGCUGCCGGCGAUCGAGCCAGUGCUGGGCCGAUGGGUAUUUUGGAUCUUCUACAGCAGAUUGUGCACGAACCUGCGCCUAAGCUGCCCAAAAGCGACGCUUUCCCUCCUAUUUUGCACGAAUUUGUAGCCAAGUGUCUGCUCAAGAAGCCGGAUGAGCGACCUACACCGAGGGAGCUUUACGAUAAAGAUGCUUUCUUGCAAGCCGCCAAGCGAACGCCUGUCGAUCUGCAAAAAUGGGCUCGCAAGAUGAUGCACGCACAAGACCGACACUCAUAUCUCGAUCCGCCUGCCCCAGCUUCACUCAAAACGGCAACCACUACAUCCAGCAGCCCUUCUCCAGAUAUGACACCCCGAGACACUCCAGCUACUACUGUAUCUGCCGCGCCGUCCCAUCCUACACCUACAUUCGGGGAAAUUCCGCUCCGAAACGACGUAACCUCGGCACAGAAACAACACUUUAGUCCUUCCACUCACCAUUCGCAACAACCACAGCAUGCAUCACACAAUUCCAGAUCAUCGCAGACUUCCUCGAGACAACAGUCCCCUUUCUUGUCUCUGGAACAUCUAUCCCUAGAAAGCGAAGAGGCUCGAGCCGGCAAAGGCCGUUCUCCACGCAACUAUUCCGGCGAGCCUCGCUCUGCAAUUGAUGCGCCUUCACGGCCACAUUUCCCUCGCGCAUUGAGUUCUUCGCAGCAGGCCGGAUUACAUAACGGUACCUUACCGACAGGAGCAGCGCCUCCGCCAUCCGGACCACUUCCGCCUCCUCCACAGGCCGCUGGAGAAUCGUGGCGGAAUCAGUACAGAGCACGAGAGAAUAUGACUUGA